AUGACUGCAAUUACGACUGCAAUCACGACUGCAAUUUCUGCUAUCAUCAUCCUACUCUUACUGAUCGGUGUUUGCCCUACCGCAUCACAGGAUGAAAUUGGCUUAGACAACCUUGGCGUCAGUGACAGUAUCGCAGGGGCAAACGUGAACACAACAACAUUUCUGACACAUGGUGACAUUGCCCCCAAUUUACAAAGAAAUGCAGUUCCUUGCACAAGAAGAGGAUGCAAAUGGCCUAAGUGGGGAAGACGCGUCUAUGUGCCUGUCACUAUUUCAUCCCGAUUCACCAGCCAAGAGCGCAGAACAAUCAUUCGUGCUUUAGUGAGUUUUCAUCGGAGCACAUGCAUUCGCUUUAUGUGGAAACGCAGUUGGCAAAAAACCUAUCUGCACUUUUUCUCUGGAUCUGGGUGUUGGUCAUACCUUGGUCGUCAAAGGGGAAGGCAGCUAGUCUCUUUGCGGAAAAAUGGCUGUGUGCGCCAUGGCAUUGUGCAACACGAGGUUCUUCACGCUCUUGGAUUUCACCAUGAGCAAGUUCGGUCUGACCGAGAUGCUCACGUCAGAAUUUUGUUUCAGAACAUAAUUUCAGGAUUUGAACGGAACUUUCAGAAGGUGAACACCAACAACUUGGGUACUCCCUAUGACUUUGACUCCAUCAUGCAUUACAGCAAAUUUGCCUUCUCCAAAAACAGACAACCAACUAUUGUCGCUAAAAGAGACCCUGGCCGUAUGUUUGGUCUUUCAUCAAGCAUGACUCGCAAUGACAUCGCACGUGUCAAUGCUCUAUAUCGAUGCCCCAUCACUCCAAUCCUCAAGAAACCUGGUGCCGACCACUCCGACUUCAAUAACUUCCGCCCCAUAUCCAACCUCCCCUUCAUCUCCAAAAUCCUCGAAAGCACAGUCGCCUCCCAACUCCACUCUCAUCUAUCCCAGAAUGAACAGUUUCAAUUUGGUUUUCGCCCACUACAGAGCACUGAAACAGCACUCGUUAAAAUAACCAAUGACCUCCUCAUAGCAGCUGAUUCUGGACUACUCUCCAUCCUCAUCCUCCUAGACCUAUCUGCAGCCUUUGAUACCAUUAGUCACACCACACUCCUCCACUAG